AAAAAUAUGCAAAACUCAACAUCAGUACUAGAAUUCCAUUUCAUUCAACUCUCAGAGGAUCCAGACCUACAGAUUGUUCUCUUUGGCCUCUUCUUGUCCAUGUACCUCUUGGCACUGUGUGGAAACCUGCUCAUCAUCCUGACAGUAAGCUCUGACUCCCAUCUCCACACACCCAUGUACUUCUUCCUCUCCAACCUGUCCGUAGUUGAUAUUUGUUUCAUAUCCACAACUGUUCCAAGGGUGAUUAUGGACAUCCAAACUCACUGCCGAGUCAUCUCCUAUGUGGGCUGCCUGGCACAGAUGUCACUGUUUAUAAUUUUUGCAUGUAUGGAUAACAUGCUUCUGACGGUGAUGGCAUAUGAUCGGUUUGUAGUCAUCUGCCACCCUCUGCAUUACCAGGUCAUUAUGAAUCCCAGUCGCUGUGGUGUUUUACUUCUAGGGUCUUUUCUCUUUAGCCUUGUGGAAUUACUGUUGCACCAUUUGAUAAUACUAAGUUUUCCCAACUGUGAGAAUUUUAUUGAAAUUUCUAACUUUUUCUGUGGCCCUUCUGAAGUACUUAAACUUGCCCACUUUGAUACUGUUACCAAUACCAUAAUCAGAUUUGGUAUGGGUACUCUGUUUGGGUUAUUUCCUAUGUCAGGAAUAAUUUUCUCUUACUUUAAAAUAGUUUCCUCCAUCAUUCAAACAUCAUCAUCAAGUGGGAAGCACAGAACCUUCUCCACCUGUGGGUCUCAUUUGUCCAUUGUUUGCCUGUUUUAUGGAACAGGGCUAGGAGUGUACUUCAGCAACUCUCUGUCACAUUCUCCAAGAAGUAUUGCAGUGGCAUCAGUGAUGUACACUGUGGUCACACCUAUGAUGAACCCCUUCAUCUAUAGCCUGAGGAACAAGGACAUUAAAAUUGCCUUAAGGAAGAUUCUUAGCAGAACAUUCUAG